AUGUCUGUUAUGCAAGUGGAAGAUCUGGUAUCAUACCAAUUACGAACUAAUUAUCUGAACACAAUCGCAGAUGGCGUAGGAGAACGAUUGAUUACGAUUAACGAUGCUUUUAUGAAUACUUCGGGUUUCAAAGCUGCUGGCUGGCGACAAAAUGGCGCAAACAUUAAACGGACAUAUUCCCCUCCCAUACCUACCGCGAUAGCUUCGGAAUAUUUCCAAGCCCCCCCGAGGUCAGCUGGUCUGGCAGGAAAUGACGAUGAGAUUGAAGAAGGAGGUAUGGUGACUGGCGGCGGUGCUGGAGACACAGUUGGACCAGGCAUAGCAACAAAACGAAGACGUCGGCGGGAGCAGAUGGAGGAAGAGGACAGCAGCGAUUUGAGCGACGAUAGCGAUGAGGAUGGCGAUCAAAGGGCUGCGCAGCAGAUCAAAUUCUCCAAGAUGCCAAUACGAAAUCGAUCUGGCUCUUCACCAAUCCGAGGUUCUAACUUGAGACAAACGUCUACUAUCUCAUCACCGCCGAGGACAGGGCCGGAACAAGGAAGAAGGGGAUCGCAGUCAGCAGUGGACGCUGUCAAGGAACGAGCAAGGCGCGAUACAGUUACCAGUAGUGAGAUGUCCUCAGAAAACGAGUUCGAUGCUUCCGCAUUCAAGCGAACGAGAGACGCUGCUAGAAAUGCUGCCAAAGCUAGUAGAGCCCUUCAUAGUCAAACCUCGGAUCCAAAUGUCGGUGUCAGACGGCAGCAAAGUGAUCUCUUGGAAGAGGAAGAGGAAGAGGAAGACUCAGAUGCGUCAGACAUGGACUCUGAGUUCGAGGGUAGUAUUGAUUCAACCUCCAUGUUAGACAAGGUUCCUGGCGCAAUUGUAUCUUCGCCUGGUGGUCCUAUUAUUGGGACAAUGCCAAAAGAUAUGACGCGCUCACCAACCAAGAAGUCGAAACCUCCACCACUGCCACAAACCCUUCAAGCUUUACCGCCUCCACGGCCAAUUAGCAUGAUUCAGCCAAAAAGUCUGCUGACUGCUGCUAUAAAGGCCAGACAAACAAAAGCCGCUUCUCCAUUUGAAUCAUUUGCCUCACUCUCAGGACAGGGAGAUCCUAAUCCUCUAUCUCUAAGAAUCUGGGCUCCGUUUGCGACCUCGACGACGAAACCUUUUGAGGUCCUCAUCCGCAGAAGUGUUCACGUGAAUGAGGCAAAUGACCGUCAAGUAGCCGUCGCUGAUCUCAUCGGACUGAGUCUCUGGAGAUAUGCAGAAGAAAAGAUUGAGCCAGUGAUCCCAGCAGAUAAACUCAAUGUUAACUGGUGGACUUUGCGAAUGGUAGAGGACGAGGAAGUCGAUUAUGACUUUCCAGCUCUGGAACGGACGAAAGCUCUCGUAUCUUUCACCACAGCCAACAACCGCGCGGUAAGGGCAAGGUCAAACACGAAGCCGUAUGAUGAAUUUGCUCUCGUGCAGGCCACAGAGGAGCAAUUCCAGCAAAAUCAAGCGUUGACUCCUCAGUUCAAGCAAGAGGCUGCUACGGCAACGACCUCUGCCAUUGAAGAUGAUCUCGCACCAAAACCCACUCCGACACCCAUACCAUCAACACUCCAUGGCACACCUCGUCAACCUCCACUACUGGCUAGCAUGAGCGGUAUUCGACAAAACAGUACCUUAGCAGACGCACCCGCCAUUGGCGCGCCGCUGCAGCCUGCUAGGACAUCGGUCCAGAAGCUCUUGAGGAUCCACAUUCAUUCGGCAGACGCUGCCCCAGGCCAAAUGAUAACUCUGGAUGUUACGGCAGAUACAUAUCUUGCUGAUGUUUUAGAUACUGUCUGUAAGAGGAGACAGCUUGACAAGGCAAAUCACGUAUUGAAAUUGACUGGAUCUGGAACUGUUGUUUUGCUGGAUCGAAAGGUCGAAUCUAUUGGCAACCGAGAGGACCUAGAUCUGCACCGUCGAAAGUUCGCGACUGAUGGUCCCUUGACCAUGUCUGGAUCCCCAAGUAGUAACAACUCGCCCAAAACCUCGUUGAUGAUUGACAGGCCAGACUUUCGCAAAUUCAAAAGAGGACAGAUGCUUGGAACGCACCCACUUGCUCAAGAAGCAAUUAAGCAGGAUGAGCUCGGCAACUCUAACUACAGGAAAUAUACGGUUUGGAGGAAGCAGCCGAUGCGGUUUGUGGGAAUGAAUGAAAGAGUGCUUGCUAUUGAUGGCGAGUACCUACACAUCAUGCCAGCAUCUACCGGGAAGACCAUGUUCGAAGGUCAGGGGAAAACUACCACGGUACAUUUCAGCAACGUCGUGGGCUGUAAAGUCACCCGGAGACACCCAACCAAUUUCAAGGUCGUCGUUUACAAAUCUACCGAAACCAAAAGAUACGACUUCGAGGCCAAGAGCGCCGACGAAGCUGCCGAAAUCGUCUUUGAGAUCAAAAAAGGAAUUUCACCAUAUCAUAGCGUGUAG